AUGGCUGUCGUUCGACUCACCGGUGUUGAUCAGCUCAACGAUCUGGCCGCCCAGAAUGCCUUCACCGUUGUGUUCGUGCAUCGCAAGGGAUGCUGGCCAUGCACGAUGAUGCACCCAGUUUUCGAACACGUUGUUGCCGACAGGAAGAGGUUUGGAGGAAUAGGCUUUGGUACCGUCGACGCCUCCAGUGGUUUGGAGGGAUGCCAUUUGAUACUUGAAGAGUAUAACAUCAACGGUUUCCCACAUCUCCUGUUAUUCCGGGAGGUUGAACUUUUCAGUGAGGUUUCUGGAUAUGUGGACUUGAAACUACUCGAGGACAUCCUUUCGUUCUCCGUGAAUUUCAACUCUAGAUCAUUCAAUGCGCAGUUCACGUUAUCCGUGCCCGCCGGGGAACCCGCAUCUGAGCCUGAGCCAGAUACAUGUAAUAAUUCAGAGAACCAAGGGACGUCAGUCAUCCAAGUCCAUGAGGGGUGGAGAGACCCGGAUUCAGUUGAUCAGCUACUCAACUACAAUGAUACCACCAUCCUCGUCUUCUGCAGUUCCGAUGCUCCCUACGUCUCGCAUCUUCCAAGUUACUUCUGCCGUCAUGAGGCACUGCUUCGUAAACACAACGCGGUGAUCCACAUUAUUAAGAUCAUUGGACCCUUCAACGACGAGGCGGAGAGUUAUUUCCAGCACAAGUUGCUGAAAUAUAAACCCUUCGCAAAAAUGUUGCGAAGCAAUUUUCUGCUCUCUCAGCACUCAUUCCGAUUGGAUGCAAAUAUGGGGUUCGGUGAAUGGCUUACAACUGGCCUGGAGGCUAGCAAGGUCAUCGAUACGGCGCCUGAGGUUCACGAACCAGCUCUCACUGAUAUCUAUGAUAUGAAGGAAUUCCGCAAACAGACCGCAGCGCUGUUUAAGCCGGUUGUCGUACUACUGUAUGAUAACAGUGCGGCAUCAAAAGCGAUGUAUUGGAUUUUCUGGGCAGCCUCAGCAGAUUCUGAGUUCAAAUCAUAUUCUUUCUUUGCCUUAAACUACAUAGAAACGAAGGACGCCGAAACCAAACUGGAUCUUCAUCAGGGAACCGUCGUUGCUGUGUAUCGGCGAAGCGCUGCCAUAGCAGAGAAAAGAUUCCUGAUGCCUUUUAACGAUCUGAAGGAAUUCCUUCUACGCGCUCUCGUCAAAUCCCCGUCUCCUCACCCGUCGCGCGUUUCCGUAACCCAAGACGAUAGCUUUCUUUCAGCCAUCUAUCGACCGUUUUCGCGACCUGGAUCGGUGUUAAGUUCCCACUCUCAGGGAUCACGCUUGAGUGCUCCAAAGCUCCAUAGAUCCCGUUCGACGUCGUCCUUACGAGGAAAACCAAACCAGUGCCGAGGAAAUUAUCAACCUAGAGAAGAACGAGGUUUCUUCCAGCGUCUCGUAGCAUCUACAGACUUCUUUCAAGAUCCAGAAUACAACUGUGUCGUUCCGGCUGAGGUCGCCCGUGAGGGUAUCCAGCUUGGACGAGCCAACGAAGGGGGGUCAUAUUUCGGCAUCACACUACGACCUCAAACAUUCGAAACGCACCUCAAGCUAUCAUUCGCGGUGCAAUUCGGCCCGGAUCGUACGGAGAAAGCGCGCUUCGUUUCUUCUUAUCUCAGUUUUACGUUUGGCUACAACGACGCAAACGGGCGCGAGCACAGUCUUAAGAUCAAGGACAUCUUCCCGAAAGACUACAAAGGCGAUCCCACCGUCGUUCACACAGACAAUUCAUUGGGGGGUGGGAUGGCACUUUCGAUCGGCGCCGGCGCAGUGGCGUCAAUAACCACAGAAGGAAAGGGGUCGCGAGAUACUCAUUUCUCCCGUGUCACGGCACCUCGAGUGAGGGGCAGUGGCCAGUACAGCGACACGGCUACGUGGACGUUUGAGGAGGACGACGGAGAGGCUGGACGGCACGGUCUCGACUCUGAAUACGUGCUUGAGGCCACGCUUGGUGGUGCCUCAAUCGUCUUGCAGGACAUCUGGCUUAGGUUCUGGGGGAAAGCCGUCUUGGUACUUGGUGGUGGCCAUAAACCUGGGAGCAAACAGACAUUGCAGAUCGGUUCUAGGGAGAACCCAUUUAGACGUGUUCUUGAUCUCAGCAGGCAUGUGUGUUAUGUUCUUGAAGACGAGGAGGGGAGUCGAAGUAUCGUUAGUGCGCCUUAA